AUGGGAGGUUCUGUGUCACGGAUUCUCUCACUACUAUGGUCAAAAAAAGAGAUUAGGAUUUUGAUCUUGGGACUUGACAAUGCUGGGAAGACAACGCUUCUGUAUAGAUUAAAGAUCGGCGAAGUUGUUACGACCAUACCUACCAUUGGCUUCAACGUGGAGUCAGUAGUCUAUAAAAAUCUCAACUUUAACGUCUGGGAUUUGGGUGGCCAAACAUCAAUACGACCGUACUGGCGCUGUUACUACGCAAACACCGCGGCUGUUGUCUUCGUGAUCGAUUCCACAGACAUUGAAAGAUUGAAUACCGCGGCGGAAGAGCUCGCAGCAAUGCUUAAUGAAGACGAGCUACGCGAUGCCGGACUACUCGUAUUUGCAAAUAAACAAGAUCAGCCUGGAGCAAAAGGGGCCGGAGAGAUUUCAGAAGCUUUGCGAUUAGGUGAGCUGCGCGAUAGAAAUUGGAGCAUAGUGGCGUGUUCAGCGAUUGAUGGAAGCGGAAUUGCGGAAGGCAUGGAUUGGAUGGUGCAAACCGUCAAUUCAGAAUCAUAA